CCUGCCUACCAGAAUCUGAGACAGCGCGUUGACAACUUUGUUUCCAACCAUUUGGCUACUCAUACAUGGAGUCCUCAUCUCAACAAGAACCAGCUGAGAAAUAACAUUAGGCAGCAGGUUCUGAAGUCUGGAAUGCUGGAAUCUGGAAUUGACAGAAUUAUUUCUCAGGUUGUGGACCCAAAGAUCAACCACACGUUCAGACCUCAGGUGGAAAAAGCUGUCCAUGAAUUUUUAGCCACAUUGAAUCACAAAGAGGAGGCAGGCCCUGGUACAGCUCCGAGUGAGGAGAAAGCAGAUGCUUCUGUUACAGUACAAGGUGCCUCUGCUACAGCUCCUAGUGGUAAUGUAGCUAAUGAUGCAAUGUCCAUUUUGGAAACAAUAACUUCUCUUAACCAAGAAGCAAGUGCUGCCAGGGCUUCAACAGAGACAUCAACUCCCAAGAAUAAUGACAAAGCUGCAAAAAGACUCUCCUCUCAGCAGAGUGUGGAUGGUAGCACUGAUAAAGAGAGAAACACAGAGGACCUGCCAGACAGAGAGAAAGCAGUUUGUGACCUUUCUGGAGAAGGGGCUGAAACAUUUGCAAAAUCUGAAGAUUCUAAUGAGCUUCCCUGCCAAAGUGAAGAAACAAAAAAUUCAGCAAAGGAUGCUAAUAGUUUGACUUGUACAAAUAGAGAUACAAGUAAAGAUAUUCAACAGGAAAAUGAAGAUCAAAGGAGUAAAUUAUUAGAUAAAUGUGACAAGAAACCAGACAGCAGUGAAAAAGGUGAAAGAAGAAAAGAAAAGAAGGAAAAACUUGACAAGAAGUCUGACCAUUCAAAGAAAAGCGAUGAUAGUGCAAAGUCAAAAGAAGAAAAGCAGCCAAGAGAGUCAGAACCAGGGAAACAGUUAGUUCCAGAAAAAAAUAGCAAUAAACAUAAAACAACGGAAAGCACUAAAGAAAUUAAAGACGAAAAUGCAUCAGUGGAUUCAGAUAUGGAUGUACUUAGUGACAUCACUGUCAGCUCUGUCCAUACCAGUGACCUUUCUUCCUUUGAAGAGGAGAGUGAAGAAGAGGCUGUAAUUUCUGAGAGUACUGAAGAGGGAGAGAUCACAUCAGAUGAUGAAGAGAAGAAAAAGAGUCAAAGUAAGACAAAGCCCCAUGCCAGCGAGGUGAGUGAUGGGAAAGCCAAGCCCACUCGCCACGCGUAUGUUCGCAAGCCUUUCCUCUACUCCAAAUACUUCAGUGACUCCGAUGAUGAACGAACUGUAGAACAGCGUCGUCAGUCCAUU